AUGACUUCCUUUGGUUUCCUCGAUGAACUACGAACAGCCAGAAGUGUGAAACUCAGAGCCAUGGCGACAGUCAAUAUUGAAAAUUUACAACGCUUGAAUUUGAGAAGACCUAAACUGUUAAUUUCAACCAGAGUGAAUCAUUUUAUUAAUUGGACCGAAAUUGGAAAUACUUGCGUUUUCCAUGAUAUUUUUGAUGGUGAUAUCAGAGCCGUAGAAAAUGAUUUGCGGCAGAUCGACGGAUUGCGUGAUUUUGAAAUAAACCCGGGAUUAUACAUCUACGACAAUUUUACCUUAAACACUUUGGAGCGUUCAUCGUCAGUCGAUUACGAUGAACGCAGAUCAAGGAAUUUCAGUAGUGGCCAUUCUGUGUAA